GGAGGAGGGGGGGGUUGAUUUGGCAAAAAAAAAAAAAUCUCCCGAUUGGGCACACAGCCGGAGUCUCGACGAUCAUUAUUUAUCGCACCUUAUAUCUUUUAAGAAACCGAGUUUUAUUGUUUUUAUUAAUUUAUUCUAUUCCUCUUAGUUUAUGGUUUACGUUAACACUCCGGGAGGGCAGAAAUGGCGGCCAACAUGUACCGGGUCGGAGAUUAUGUAUUCUUUGAGAACUCCUCCAGCAACCCUUACCUGAUCCGCCGGAUAGAAGAACUCAACAAGACGGCCAGUGGGAAUGUGGAGGCCAAGGUGGUUUGUUUCUACAGAAGAAGAGACAUCUCCCACAGCCUCAUUCAGCUCGCAGACAAACAUGCAAAGGAGUUGGAAGAGGAGAAGGAGAGCCCGACAGAGACAGACCUAACAGAAAAACAGAAACACCAGCUUCGCCACAGAGAGCUGUUCCUCUCCCGGCAGUAUGAGAGUCUACCUGCAACACACAUCAGGGGGAAGUGCAGUGUCGCAUUAUUGAAUGAGACUGAAGCCGUUCUUUCAUACCUUGACAAAGAGGAUACGUUCUUCUACUCGCUGGUGUACGACCCAACACAGAAGACCCUUUUGGCCGACAAAGGAGAGAUCAGAGUGGGACCGCGCUUUCAGGCAGACGUACCUGAAAUGCUACAAGAGGGAGAGGCAGAUGACAGGGACCAGUCCAAGUUGGAAGAGAAGCUGUGGGAUCCAGAGUGUCCACUCACCAACAAACAGAUAGACCAAUUCCUAGUGGUGGCACGGGCGGUUGGGACCUUUGCUCGAGCGUUGGACUGCAGCAGUUCAGUUAGACAGCCGAGCUUACACAUGAGUGCAGCUGCAGCCUCGCGAGAUAUCACACUGUUCCAUGCGAUGGACACACUUCAUCGUCAUAACUACGACCUGUCCAGUGCGCUGAGUGUACUGGUCCCAGCGGGCGGCCCGGUGCUCUGCAGGGAUGAGAUGGAGGAGUGGAGCGCCUCGGAAGCUGCCAUGUUCGAAGAGGCUCUAGAGAAAUACGGCAAAGACUUCAACGACAUCCGACAAGACUUUCUGCCAUGGAAGUCUCUGACUAGUAUCAUAGAGUACUACUACAUGUGGAAGACCACAGACAGAUAUGUGCAACAGAAGAGACUGAAGGCAGCAGAGGCAGAGAGCAAACUGAAGCAGGUUUAUAUCCCCACAUAUAACAAGCCCAACCCCAACCAGAUUUCAAUGACCAAUGGCAAGAUGGCGACAGUGAAUGGAGCAGGCCCAGGGGCCUACCAUGCAGCAGGCGGGGGCAGAGCCUGCGAGAGCUGCUAUACCAUGCAGUCAGCCCAGUGGUACUCAUGGGGGCCUCCAAACAUGCAGUGCCGCCUGUGCGUUUCCUGCUGGAUGUACUGGAAGAAGUACGGAGGCCUGAAGAUGCCAAGCAGAGCGGAGGGCCCAGAGGAGAGGACCUCCCCCAGUCCAGCAAGCAAUGAGCCUCGCUCACGGAGUCACGGUCCUCGCCAGGCCAACCACAUGGUGCCGAUGCGAAACAGUGGCAGCCCCAAGUCCUCCAUGAAGACCAAGCAGGCUUUCCUGCUGCAGGCCACCCGGCUCACCAAGCUGGCCCGGCACAUGUGCCGUGACAUCAUCAGGCUGCGCCGUGCUGCGCGCCGGCCCUUUGUCCCCAUUAACUGUGGGGCCAUAAAGGCAGAGUACAUGUUAAGGGUGUCCGAAGGGCAGGGAACUCGCCUCCCCAAAACCAGAGCCGCCCAAAGGAGCACUCUGACCAGUGUUCUGCAGUUUCUAGAGUCCCGUCCAGCAGCCCACGCCCCUCGCUCCCACCGCACCCCGGGCCUGCAGACGCCUCCCCCACGGCGCCUCCUCUCCUCUCUCCCACACGGCCCCCAUGGCAUGCUGGGAAAACGCAGCUACCAUCACCACAGCAGGGCUGAGCCAGACAGGCGCUCAGGUACACACACAGAGAACCCAGGUAUAACAGGUGGACCCCUCCUGCAUAAUGGCCGCAACAGCAGCAGUGGAAACACCCGGGGCGGAGUGAUGAUCCGCAAGAGACGCCCCAACUGGAUCGAUGCCCCUGAUGACAGCUUCUUCCUUGUCACCCGGGAGACCAGGAGGGCCAGACGGCUGCUGUCCCGCUCCCAGCUGAGACACGCUUGCCGGCAGCCCUGCGAGCAGAUCACCUUGCGCAGGGUCUCCCAGGGCCCGCCGCAGGGGCUCGUCCUCGCCCCUCCGCACCCACACCCCAGCCUGAGGAUGCGAGGCCCCAUCGUCAUUCACGACUGAUUGGACCCCCCUGAC